AUGGUGGGCCUCAUCUCUGCCGCUGGCCUUAUUGGCUUCCUGGCCGAGCCAGAUCCGGAGCUCAGAGUUUUUGCCCUCAAACAGCUCGAUACUCAGGUUGAUCUUCUCUGGACCGAAAUUGCCAACUCAAUCAGCCAAAUUGAAGAGCUAUAUGAAGAUGAAUCCUUUUCGGAAAGGGAGCUCGCUGCUCUCGUAGCCGCGAAAGUGUAUUAUCACCUUGGAGAAUAUAAUGAAAGCAUGGCAUUCGCCUUGGGCGCUGGGAAGCUUUUUAGCCUUGAUCAGACUGGAGAAUUCGAAGACACGAUCAUUUCGAAGUGCGUUGACACUUACAUCGCACUUUCAGCAAGCCGGGAUCCUUCUCUUGCUGCCACCAGCAGCAACCAACAGCCUUUACAACUGUCGACUGCCUUUCCUCAACAUGGUGAUGGUGCGGCAAAUACUGCGGCAAGUCUGACUUCACCGACCACUCCAUUCUCCCAAUCGGCCUUGCCUUCAAGAUCGCUUCUGUCCCGCGAAAAUACCGCCUCUUUCGACCAAGCCCCUACCGAUACUGGUACUGGUCUGCAUGGUAGCCCCGAGUCUAUCAUCCAGCAACGCGGAAUACAGAAGCAGCUGCAAAGAAUUAUCGAACAGCUUUUUGAGCGAUGUUUCCAAUCAAAGCGAUAUCGGCAGGUUGUAGGUAUUGCCAUCGAGGCACGAAAUCUUGACAUCCUCAGGCGCGUCAUUCUUCGGGCCAGCGAAGACGAGAAGAAGGAAAGUGGUGAAGUCACACGGUACGGAAAGGAGCUCAUGGAUUACAUCCUGGAUAUUUGUAUGAGCGUUGUGCAGGAACGAGGAUUGCGGAACGAGAUUCUGCAGUUGAUACUAGAACUCCUCAACGACAUACCUUCCCCCGACUAUUUCUCGAUCGCCAAAUGCGUAGUUUACCUGGAUCAGCACUCAAUGGCAUCGGACAUACUGCGGCAAUUAGUGGAAAGAGGUGAUGCUCGAUCACUUGCAGUCGCUUACCAGAUCUCGUUUGAUCUCUAUGACAAUAGCACACAGGAAUUCCUAAAGAAAGUUCGUGCCGAAUUGGAAGAGCUCAUUCCAUCCGAAGAAGGGUCCAAGCCUGUCGAGGAGAACACUGAUGACAAGAUGGAAGCUGAAGCAGACGAUGCCCAGGAAUCUGAUCGGCUCCUACAACAACCAGAGGAUCAGCCCGCUGCGCCGAAAUCUUCCUCGCUCGAAAAUGACGCUAAGUUAUCCAAAGAGGCUCGAGCAGCUGUUCGUGCGGUAAGACAGAUUUUGGAUGGCGUCAACACGAUUCAACUGAGUCUAGAAUUUUUAUUUCGAAGCAAUCGUGCAGAGAUGUCGAUCCUCAACAAAGUAAAAGACAGCUUAGAGGCCCGCAACUCGAUCUACCACACCGCAGUGACAUUAUCCAACGCCUUCAUGCAUGCCGGUACCACCCACGACAAGUUUUUCCGAGACAAUCUGGAGUGGUUAGGAAAGGCCGUCAACUGGUCCAAAUUCACCGCAACUGCUGCACUUGGGGUUAUACACCGAGGCAAUUUGACUCAAGGCCAAAAGUUACUUGCUCCAUACCUGCCCAAGGACAACCCAUCUGGAGCACCCAAUACGGGCUCAUUUUACAGCCAAGGUGGCUCGCUGUACGCCUUUGGCUUGAUAUACGCGAACCAUGAAGGCUGGGCUGUGGAUCUGAUCAGGGACCACUUCAAGAAAGCAACGGAAGAAGUUGUCCAGCAUGGCGGAGCCCUGGGUCUCGGUGUUGCAGGUAUGGGCACCGGGGACGAAGGCAUCUAUGAUGAUCUCAAAGGUGUGCUCUAUACAGAUUCGGCUAUCAAUGGAGAGGCGGUGGGUCUGUCUAUGGGCUUGAUCAUGCUGGGUUCAGGCAAUCUGAAAGCUUUGGAAGACAUGAUCCAAUACGCGCAUGACACCCAGCACGAGAAGAUUGUCAGGGGGCUGGCAAUGGGUAUGGCCUUGAUAAUGUAUGGCCGCCAGGAGAGCGCAGAUGAACUCAUCAAUGGCUUACUGAGUGAUCCGGAUCCGACUCUACGAUACGGCGGCAUCAUGACCAUCGCUCUGGCAUAUUGUGGCACUGGUAGCAACAAGGCGGUCCGAAAGCUCCUUCAUGUGGCGGUUAGCGACGUUAGCGACGACGUCCGACGCGUUGCCGUCAUGAGCUUGGGUUUCGUUCUAUUCCGAAAGUACAAUAGUGUCCCUCGCAUGGUCGAGCUUCUUGCUGAGUCUUACAACCCGCACGUUCGUUAUGGUGCUGCGAUGGCACUUGGGAUCUCCUGUGCCGGUACUGGUCUUGAUGAGGCCAUUGACCUGCUCGAGCCCUUGCUAAAAGAUCCCACCGACUUCGUUCGCCAGGGUGCAUUGAUCUCGUUGGCGAUGGUCCUCAUUCAGCAAAACGAGGCCAUGAAUUCUAAAGUCGGCACCAUUCGAAAAACAAUGCAGAAAAUCAUCAGCGAUCGUCAUGAAGACGCGAUGGCCAAGUUUGGCUGUGCCAUUGCUAUGGGGAUCAUUGAUGCGGGAGGUCGAAACUGCACCAUCAGCUUACAGACCCAGACUGGGAAUCUCAACAUGCAGGGCAUUGUGGGCGCCGCGGUCUUCACACAAUACUGGUAUUGGUUCCCAUUGACACAUUUCCUGUCCCUCAGCUUUACCCCUACCGCUGUGAUAGGUGUGGACCAGAAGUUGGAGGUGCCUGUGUUCAAGUUCCAUUGCAAUACUCGGCCAAGCUUGUUCGACUACCCACCUGAACAACAAGCCAAGACCGACGAAGCUCCCGAGAAGGUCAAAACCGCGGUAUUAUCGACCACAGCGCAAGCCAAGCGAAGAGCGCAGCGCAAGGAGAAGCAACAGCGGCGGGAGAGCAUGGAUGUGGAUCAGCCGGCACCACCUACACCCAAGAUUUCGACAGGAGACAAGGACGAGGACAAGAUGGAUACAGACGAGGUGGCUGUCAAAGAAGACGACGCCAAAGAGACGGAGAAGAAGGACCCCAAAAACGGAGAGAAGGAGAGUGCGCCAGCGGAGGGUCUCAAAAAGAAAAUGGAGAAAGAGAAGGUGGGCUAUGAAAUGAAGAACAUGUCGCGGGUUCUACCUGCUCAGCUCAAGUACCUCACCUUUACCGAUUCUCGGUACGUUCCAGUCAAGCGACCGACAGGUGGCGUGAUCCUCGUUCUCGAUACUCAACCAGAAAAGGAAAGAGAGAUCAUUGAGCUGAAAGCUACCAAAGUGGAGACCAAACCAGCGCCUGCAGCACAAGGGCCUGCCUCUCAAGCUCAGGGCUCUGACCACGCAGCUCCGCAAACCCCAGCUCAGCAGCCGACGACUAAUACAGGUGGAGCAGCUGCCGCUGCUGGAGUCUUGACAGCCAUAGACGAAGAUGAAGAAGGCGCUGAGGAGGCGCCUCUACCUGACGAAUUCGAUUACCAUUCCGACAAUGAGGGAGAUGGAGAGCAGUAA